UUGGGUCAAGGGUUGGUUGGCACGCAGUUAAAUCCCAGUACACUAGAGGGCGCUGCCACAAAAAUCUAACAUUAAAAUGACUGCCCUCUUGACCAGACCACACCCAUUUACUGAAAUCAUUCAACUGUCACUAACUAUUGAGGGUGAACCUGGUUUCUUUGGGCCUCAAGGUGAGCCUGGGCUUCCAGGCCUGCCAGGAACUAAGGGUGAGAGAGGGGAACCUGGACCACCUGGCAAGGGUGAACGUGGUGAGACAGGUCCAGCAGGACACAAGGGAGAGCAGGGGGAACCAGGAGCACCAGGCCCAAAAGGUUCAAAGGGGGAUGCAGGAGACAAAGGUGAUGUAGGCCCAACAGGAUCACAAGGGCCACCUGGGGAGAAAGGUGAACAGGGUACAACUGAAAUCAUAGACUACAAUGGAAACAUUCAAGAGGCUCUUCAGAAGAUAACUACUAUUACAGUUACGAUAAAGACUUAUCUCCUAUGUAUCAAGGAUCAAAGUAGCUGUGAAUGUGGUUCAGUCUGCCUAGGCCCUUUCUCAGCUAUGUAUUCAGAGUGCUCUGGUUGGAUCUGUUUGAAUAUAGCCUAUGGUCCCCCUGGACCUCCUGGGCCAGUUGGACCAAAGGGAAUGAAGGGUGAUCAGGGUGUUCCUGGACUUCCUGGACUGGAUGGAGAAAGGGGUCAAAAAGGUUCAAAGGGUGAUAUGGGAAUCCCUGGAAUAUCAGGAGAAAAGGGAUCAAUGGGUCUUCCUGGCUUACAGGGUGUGAAUGGUCUGAAAGGAGACAAAGGAGACACUGGCCUGCCUGGUCCUCAGGGACCAUCGAUUAUUGGGCCCCCUGGAGCACCUGGUCCACAUGGACCACCUGGACCCAUGGGUCCUCAUGGAUUCCCUGGCCCAAAGAGAGCAAAUCGCCUUCUGUCAAAGAUGAAAGUAAUUACUUCAGCAGUGAUUGGACAUACAACAUGGGGGAACCAGGGUUGCAUGGUCUCAAGGGACUGCGAGGGGAGACUGGGUAUAAGGGUGACAGAGGACCCCUGGGUCUCCCUGGAGCAUCUGGCUUGGAUGGCAAGCCGGGACCCAGGGGUAUGGAUGGACCAAUCGGGGCUCCUGGUCCAGCCGGUCCGAAAGGAGAUAGAGGUGAGAAGGGUGAUGUUGGUGGUCCUGGACCCAGAGGGCCAUAUGGGUUACCUGGAGCUGCUGGAACACCUGGAAUGGAUGGGUUACCAGGCUUAAAGGGAGACAAGGGCGACGUGGGGGAAAGAGGAGAAAAGAAUUGAUUGAUGGUUCGUCCAAGCUUGAUCCCUACAAAAGUGAAGAAUAGGAUGGAAGAAAGCAGGAGAGCACAGGAAAGAUGUGAGGAAAAGGAAAGGAGAAGAAAGGAGACCAGAUCCACAAAUGGCUCUGAAGCCUUUGUCUAAUUACGAGUUUAGAAUUGGUAGUUGAUGAACAACUAACACAUGAGAAUAAAAUUUUAGUAAGAGAGGGUUGUCUCUGAUUGGUUUGAAACUCGUAAUAAGUUAUCAAUGUCUCCAAAAAAGGCUCAGGUGUGUCGUUCCUAAGCUAGAAUACAAAGAGGAAAGGAAAAAGGUAAGAAAAUUACGUCAAUGAAAAUAACAGGAUGAAAUAAGGAAAAGGGAAUUAAACAGCGGUGAAUGAAUAAAUAAAAUAGAGUGGCUAAGUGAAUAACCAAGAAAGAAAAGAAAGAUAACGCAAUAAAACAAUGAGCAAAUG